AUGAGUGACGAAGGUCCACAAGUGAAAAUUAGAGAAGCUACUAAGGAUAAUGUUGAUUUCAUUGUAUCUAAUGUCGAUUUGGCGAUGGCCAACGCAUUCCGUAGAGUUAUGAUAGCUGAAAUCCCUACCCUAGCUAUCGAUUCUGUUGAAGUUAUUAGUAAUACUACAGUGUUGGCAGAUGAGUUUAUUGCUCAUAGAUUGGGGUUGGUUCCUCUGCAGAGUGCUGACAUAGAGCAAUUGGAAUACAGUCGUGAUUGUUUCUGUGAAGAUCAUUGUGACAAAUGUUCUGUUGUUUUAACUUUACAAGCAUUGGGUGAAAGCGAAAGUACUACUAACGUUUACUCGAAAGAUUUAGUGAUUGUAUCCGAUCUAUUGGGUCGUAAUAUAGGACAUCCAAUCAUACAAGACAAAGAAGGUAAUGGUGUUCUGAUUUGUAAAUUAAGGAAAGGUCAAGAACUAAAAUUCACAUGUAUAGCUAAAAAGGGUAUUGCUAAAGAGCAUGCCAAAUGGGGCCCUGCAGCUGCCAUUGAAUUUGAAUAUGAUCCUUGGAAUAAAUUAAAACAUACAGAAUAUUGGUACGAGCAAGAUGCCGCAAAAGAAUGGCCUCAAUCUAAAAACUGUGAAUAUGAAGAUCCUCCUAACGAAGGUAGUGAAUUUGAUUAUAAGGCCAAAGCCGAUACUUUCUACAUGAAUGUUGAAACCAUCGGUACAGUGACAUCUGAUCAAGUCAUAGUUAGAGGGAUUGACAUUCUACAAAAGAAAGUUGCAUCAAUAUUAUUAGCAUUAAAUAGAUUGGACCAAGAUAAAGUUAACUAUGCUGGAAACAACAACGUCAAUAAUGGUGAAAUGGACGGAGAAGAUAUUACAAUGAAUGGAACUGAAAAUGAUCCGUAUGCAUCGGGAAAUAAUAAUAGUUACGAUGGUGCAUGGUAA